AUAACCAUGAAGAUUUCUGCCCUGUUCUUGUUUAGUGCUGUUGUAGUAGCAGUAGCAAGCUAUGAGCUUGAUGAAAAAUAUAAUAAUAUAGAUAUUAGUAAAAUCUUGGAAAACGAAAGAUUGGUUCAAGCCCAUUGUGAGUGUCUUUUGAAAAAUACCAGGUGCAACAACGAUGGAGAGGCUUUGAAAAAAUAUGUACCAGGGGCUAUUUCAAACAAUUGCAGCGAAUGCUCAGAAAAACAAAAAGAAGCUGCCGUUUUGGUUAUAAAACAUCUGAGGGAUAAUCAUCCAGAAAAAUGUUUUGACCUUCUUAUCAAAAAAUUUGACCCAAAAAAUGAACAUGCUGAAGAAUUAAAAAAAUUGCUUGCUUAGAUAUAUAAGUAACAAAAUAUUACUUAAAUUGUCCAAUUUUACUUAUACAUUAUUAUGAUGAUUUUAA